AUGGAAUCGACGAUUCAUCCGGCGUCGCGAGCACGGCAACAGCAGCGCUUGGCAUUCAUGAGCCUUGUCGCACCCAACGCGGACGAGGCCUUUGUAGUCGCCACCAUGCAGGACCGAUACAGGCGUUCAGUGACCUUGGCUGUCGGCAUCGCCAUCCUACAUUACGCCAGCAAACCUCACGUGGCAGGGACUCCAGCCGACCUAGAAGGGGCCCAGGAUGUCAUCAAGACUUGGUUGGACCAGGGCCUGGACUCGGCCAGACUGGUCCCAUACAAGGUUUACCUACAGCAUCCUCCGUCCGCCGAUGAUGAGCUUGCCAAUAAGGUCCAGAUAAUUAACCCGAGUAACGGGACUGCUAUGUUCACCUCCUGCUUGCGUGAGGAUUCCUUCGGAGAGGAGGAGCUGGAGCAGGACGGCAUCCCACCACCAUUCAACGCAUACUCAGCUACCGGUGACGUCACGGGGGACCUGGUCUACGUCAACUACGGCAGACUGGAGGACUAUGAGUAUCUUCAGAAUCUAACCACCAACAUCAACUUCAAGGGGAAAAUCCUCAUCGCAAAAUACGGCAUGACGGGGAGAAACACCAAGGUUGUGAACGCUGAGAAGUUCGGAGCCGCUGGUCUCAUUCUCUUUUCCGACCCUCACGAUCUGCCUACGUAUGGCUCCCAACAUAAUGGUAUACCCUAUCCCAGAGGGUCAUUUCUACCAAAGAGUGCGGCACAGAGAGGGUCGAUCUUGAAAGAUUUUGGGGACCCGCUGACUCCUGGCUAUCCCGCUAAAGAUUUUGCAUACAGAUCAGAAUUGAAUGAUACUUCAAUGACGAAGAUACCUGUUCAUCCAAUCGGAUUUGGGGAUGCAGAAAUACUUUUAAGGAAAGUGAGGCUAGUAGUAAACUCCAUCUCUGCUCAUCACUAUACAUACAACUCAGUAGGGUUCAUAAGAGGAGAGAUUGAGCCUGAUCGUUACGUCAUCCUUGGCAACCACCGUGAUGCAUGGGCUCUUGGAGCUGUUGAUCCUACCAGUGGGACGGCUACACUCAUGGAAGUAUCAAGAGCAUUUGGAAAACUUAAACAAGAAGGAUGGAGACCGCGGAGAUCAAUUAUAUUCUGCUCAUUUGCUGCUGAGGAAUACGGGUUAAUCGGCUCCAUUGAAUGGACAGAGGAAUUCAACCGUCUUUUAGCUGAUCGUUCUAUAGCCUUUCUCAAUUUGGACAUUGCUGUUGCAGGAAACUAUGUUUUGUGGACAUCAGCUUCACCUCAUCUACGGCCAGUGGUUUAUGCUGCUACGAAAAAGGUUCCAGAUCCCGAAAAUAAUGGAAGAUCCCUUUAUGAUGCAAUGGUUGAAAGAGUGCCGGAUUCUCUGGAUCCACAUAGACCGCUAGUAAGAAGAACAGCCGGAGCGAGUGAUCAUCGGGGUUUCAUUAUGAGAUUAGGGGUGCCAUUCAUCAUGAUCUUUUAUGGUACAUUCAACCGAAGCUUCUACUCGUUAUACCACACGUCAUACGAAACAAUCCGAUUGGUCGAGGAAUUCAUUGAUCCGGAUUACUCGCAUCAUCUCGCCACUACCCGAACAUUUGCCGAAAUGGCCCGAAUACUAGCCGAUUCAUUGGUGUUGCCAUUCGAUGUGUACCUUUAUUCAAGAGACUUGCUUUCCAUGUGGCUCGACUUACAUUUUAGCGACGCAUCGAAAGACCUUCAGGAUCAUGGAAUCUCACUUGAACGUCUUGAGGAAGCAGUGGUUGAAUUUGUUGGAAAUUGCACGGAUUUCCAGAAAAGAGUAAACCACGUUAAUAAAAGCAGUCCAUCAGCAGUGCGGCAGAUUAAUGACCAGAUGAUGCAGUUAGAAAAGGCAUUUAUCAAGGAGCUUCCGGACAACCGUCUUGAUCGGCACGUGUUGUUCUCGCCAAGAUUCACAGAGUCUAGCGCCGACAAAGUUGGACCCUUCCCCGGCAUCGCUGACGCACUGCAUAAGAUCUUCCAGGAUUCCGACCAAGAGAGGCGCUGGAAAGUAGUGGCACAACAAGUCGCUAUUUUGACGCAUGCAAUUGAGACAGCAACCGCCGUACUCAAAGAUGUGACGUCGUGGUGAUCGCUUCUACUAUAAUUGACGGCACGUUGCACACGAACCGUCGUUCCACUACGCCAAAUCGCUUUACAUUCACUAGCUCAUGUAAAUCCAAUUAUUUGCUACUCUAGUGUUCCGUCCGCGCUAAUUCCGUGCAAGAUCCUCAACGUUUCGCUAUCGCUUCCCUGCAACUAGUUGUUUUAACUCGGUCAUGAUAUGUCCUGUGCAUUUAUGCUUACUGUUCUGAAUAAGAUGACGCUUCGUGUGCAAAGAGAAAUCAAAUGCACACGAAAACGUUACUACGAUACGCUAAUCGAGCCUAU